AUGAACUCCACGCUUUUGCAUUUUUUCCACGGACUGCCAAAAGGUAAACUCUAUCUUCCAUUGAUGGGUACUCCUAUACCAUCGGUGGUAAUUGUUCUGGCUUACUUGCUGCUUAUUUUCAAAGUCGGUCCAGAUUUCAUGAAAUCCCGCAAGCCCUACAAUUUGCGAACUGCAAUGUUGAUCUAUAAUCUCAGUCAGGUUUUCAUGAAUUUCAUCUUCUUUGUAAUGAGCGCUUAUUACCUGUUUGUGAAGAAAACCUAUAACUUGUGUUGCAUGGAAGUGCUUCCCUUGAAUCAUCCAGAUAAAAAUGCCGAACGUUUGAUGACCUACGCUUUCUUCCUCAACAAGUUGGCCGACCUAAUGGAUACUAUAUUCUUUGUGCUGAGGAAGAGCUACAAGCAGAUCACCGUGCUGCAUGUUUAUCACCACGUUUUGAUGGCUUUGGGAGUGCCCUUCGUUAACUAUUUCUAUGGACCCGGGGCACAAUAUGGUUUGAUGGCCCAUCUAAACUCAUUUGUGCACGUGGUUAUGUACGCCUACUACUUUGCAUCUGCGUGGUAUCCACAAGUGAAGAGCAAAUUGUGGUGGAAGGAGUACAUAACCAAGCUGCAGAUCCUUCAGUUCGUCAUCCUCUUGGCUCAAUCCAUACUGACCAUGACCCUCAAUCCCGGAUGCACUUUUCCCCGGACUCUUCAGCUCACCCAGUUGUCUCUUUCCGUUUCCAUGAUUGUGAUGUUCGGCAAUUUCUACUAUCAAACAUAUUUGAAAGCCAAGAGCAAACAGCACUGA